AUGGACGGAGAGCUGCCCUGUGCUGAAGUGGAUGCAGAACUGCGCACUGCCAAGGAGGAUGCAGGAGGGGAGGUUGCCUGUGCUGUGAGUGAUGUGGGAAGAAAGGUGGCCUGUGCCAAAAGCCACGAGGAAGGGGAGGUCCCCGGUGUGGAGAGCAAGGAAGAAGGAGAGGUGCCCUGUGCCGAGCGCCGUGGAGAAGGAGAGGAGCCCUGUGCUGAGCAUGAUGCUGAAGGAGAGAUGCCCAGUGUGGAGAGUGAUGCAAAAGAAAAGGCACCUGGUUCUGAGAGUGACAGGGGAGGAGAGACACUCAGUACUGAGAGCGAUACUGAAGGGGAAACACCCAGUGCUGAGAGUGAUGCAAAAGAAGAGGCACCUCACGCAGAGACUCUUGCUGCUCCGAAGAAAAUCUCCUCCAUUUCUUCUCCCUUGCGGGCUAUCAUCCGCAUUCGGCGACAAAUCCGAAUGCAAAAGAAAAGUCGUCUGCGUUUAGAGCUCCCGCGAGAAAAAUCUCCAGAGCUGGUCCAAACAAGGCUGCUUCAAAGGCAGAUUUCCAUGAACCGAACUAGCCUCUAUGGUUCUUCUAUGUCCUUCUUUAAUCAGAGCAGCUUUGAAAAUUCACAGUACUUCACCUUUGACACAUCCGCGGACCAUUAUACUAUGAGUAAAUGCAGGCGGAAGAAGAAACGUAGGAAGUCUAGGAUAGUCCUGUAUCCGGAUAAAACAAAAAGGUAUCUUCCAACAGAGGAGAAGAGCAAUGCAAAACGCUGCCUUCUCCUGCUUAUUGUCAUUAUCUUCUUCCAGAUUCUAAACGCUAUUGAGAACUUGGAUGAUAACCUCCAAAAAUAUGACCUAGACGGUCUGGAGAAAACAAUGCACCGGGAAGUAUUUGGGCAAAAUGUUGCUGUAGAAAGUAUUAUGGAAUUGCUGAAAGACUAUCUGGCUACCCACAUACACAACAAGCCUCUGAUUAUCUCUUUAAAUGGUCCGGGAGGAGUUGGGAAGAGCCAUGUUGGCUGGCUGUUGGCCAAACAUUUUCGCUCUGUCAUGGACAAUGACUUUGUGCUUCAGUACUUUGUGAUGCAUCACUGUCCAAGUUGGGUAAGUGAACUUACUUGCCAAAUAGAUUUGUCUGAGAAGAUUUCUGACAUGGUUACAAGAGCUGAAAUAGAAGAGAAGAUACCACUAUUUAUUCUGGAUGAAGUUGAAUUCAUGUCUCCAGUCCUGCUGGAUACUCUCAGCCGAUUCUUUGAACCCAAUCAAACCAAUGAGUUCCUCAAUGCCAUCUACAUUUUAAUAAGCAACAUAGGAGGUAGUGAAAUAACAAAGUUUGUUAUCCAGAAUGCAUCCACUGAGCUUCUGCAUCAGCAAAGGGGAAUUGAAGAGCUGCUGAAGAUCAUCCAGCCUUUACUGAUCCAAACCCACCCGCUCUGGAAGUCUGCAGAUGUUGUCCCGUUUGUUCUUCUAGAGAAGAGCCACGUCAUAAACUGCUUUCUAGAGGAGAUGAGGAGGGAAGGGCUGUAUCCUGACCAGAACCAUAUUGAAAAUUUAGCCAGUCAGCUUAGUUACUACACUACAGGAGGCAAGCAGUACUCCACAACAGGCUGCAAGCAGGUUGUGGCCAAAGUCAACUUACUGUAGUGGUUUACUGCAGAGAGCAAAUCUUGCUCUUGGGAUUAGGAG